GAAGACUUUAUUUGUCGAAGAUGGACUUGUGGCCCGGCGGCGUUGGGUUGGCAGCUAAGCUGCCGCUGUUGUUUCUCCUCAUCAUCUCUGCGACCACAGGCUCUGUUCGAGCUAAAAUCCACUAUCAAAAAUGGGAGGUGGCAUACCAGUUCAAGUCCCCAGAUUGCUUCCAGAAGUUGGCAAUCACGAUCAAUGGGAGAACACCUGGCCCAACCAUCAUUGCCGAGCAGGGAGACACUGUGGUCAUCGAUGUCAAGAAUGCGUUACUCACUGAGAACUUAGCCAUUCACUGGCAUGGGAUUAGGCAGAUUGGCACUCCAUGGUUUGAUGGCACAGAGGGGGUGACACAGUGUCCGGUUGUGCCAAGGGAUACUUUUACUUACAGAUUUGUUGUUGAUCGAUCGGGCACGUACAUGUACCAUGCACACUAUGAGAUGCAAAGGUCUGCUGGACUCUACGGUCUUAUUCGAGUUCUGCCCCCUGCCGGUGUGGUCGAGCCGUUCAUCUACGACUAUGACCGGAGCAUCAUCCUUAAUGACUGGUGGCACCAGAACACCUGUGAACAGGCUGUUGGCCUGAACUCCAAAAAGUUCAUUUGGGUUGGAGAGCCUCAGUCACUUUUGAUCAAUGGAAGGGGGAAAUUCAACUGCUCCAACGCAGGAAGCGGGGUAUGCCAUGCAACCAAUCCCGAGUGCUCGCCUUAUGUGUUAACAGUUAUCCCGGGCAAAACAUACCGCCUUCGGAUUGCAAGCAUCACCUCUCUUUCGGCUCUAAAUUUUGAAGUUGAGGGACACAAUUUGAUGGUUGUCGCAGCAGAUGGUCACUAUGUGAAGCCCUUCAUGGUGAAGAACCUGAACAUCUACUCAGGCGAGACCUAUUCAGUGCUUUUGAAGGCUGAACAAGACCCCUCUCGCAACUAUUGGGCUGUUGUCAAUGUGGUUAGCCGAAAUUCGACCACUCCCACUGGCACUGCCGUCCUCAAUUACUACCCAAACCACACUAGAAGGCUCCCUCCGACCGUCCUGCCAACCGGUCCCCUUUGGAAUGACACCAUGUACAGAUUCAAUCAAAGUAUCGCCAUCCGAUCGCAUCCUGAUUACAUCCGGCCUCCUCCGACGACUUCCGACCGCAUGAUCAUAUUGCUGAACACCCAAAAUUGCAUCGAUGGCUAUGUUAAGUGGGCUGUGAAUAAUGUAUCGUUGAAUUUACCCCAGACACCAUACCUCAUCACCCUCAAGGAGAGGAUGCUUCAUGCUUUCGAUCAAAAACCAGCGCCAGAGACUUAUGACUACAAGAAUUAUGAUAUUUAUGACGUCCAGAAGAAUCGAAAUGCAACAGCAAGCACUUCGAUCUAUCGGUUGGUAUUCAAUUCGACGAUAGAUGUGAUCUUACAAAAUGCUAACACGAUGAAGAGGAACAAUAGUGAGACACACCCAUGGCAUCUACAUGGGCAUGCCUUUUGGGUGUUGGGCUAUGGAAUGGGGAAGUUUGAUCCGGAGACUGAUCCAAAGAGGUACAAUUUGGUGGACCCAAUUAUGAAGAACACGGUGGCAGUGCACCCCUAUGGGUGGACGGCUUUGAGGUUCCGGGCCGAUAACCCUGGAGUGUGGGCUUUCCACUGUCACAUUGAGCCGCAUUUCUUCAUGGGCAUGGGGGUUGUGUUUGAAGAGGGUGUGGACAAGCUUGGGAAGCUACCCGUGGCCAUCAUGGGCUGUGGUGAAUCCAAACAUAUAAAGCCUUAAGGGGUUUGUUGUCGCCGAAUUCGGACCAAAAUCGGAGUUCAGCUCGGACAACCCUAAAGUCGGCUGGAGAUAAGCUGAGCAGGUUGGUGGUGGCGUCGGGCGUCGGUCUUCUUCAUGGAUGGCUUGCAAAAAGUUUACUUGCCGGAGAGUUUCUAGCGGAGGACCCACCAAUACCUAAGUUAGAAUAGAUAGGCAAUAGAGUAGAAGAAAGAAGAUUUCAGCAGAGUGUAAAACUCUAUGUGAAAUGAAUAUCUUACCUGAGGUCCCACAGGUCCCCCUUUAUAUAGGCGAGCCGGAUUUGUCGCUAUCUGAACUAACGUGGCAUGCACUGAUAGCCAAGUAAUGGUAGGUGGUACAGCUAUAGUGUGGAAUCAGUUUGUAUGGUCAGCGUGUAGCAAUGAUCGGGUGCAGAUUGUAGUGUUGCCACGACGGCAGGCUGCGAGGGCUGUCGGUCAUUAGCAUUGUCAGUCAUUGUUGACACAUAUUGAUGGGCUUCUCGAUCGGGGCCAAAGUCGCUCACCUCGGAUGGUCGGAUCCUCGGCUAGGGCCGAAGUCAUUCACCUCGGGUGGUUGGCUCCUCGGCCAGUCCAAAAUCAUCUAAGGUUGGCUCCUUGGCCAGUCCAAAAUCAUAAGUUGAAUCCCAAGCUAAAUACGAUAAAAAUAAUAUCAUUCAGCAUCUUGUUAACACAAAAAUGUAUACAUGGCUGUAAGCAUGACAAACCUAUAGGAGAUCAAAUGUCAGUGACAACCUACCUACAGAUCAUCCUUUUCUAAGCUAACUAUACUGUGUAGCAUGUAUCUGUGGGCCUGCAAACUUAUGCAUAUUGGACAGAUGUAUCUUAUGUGGGUUCAGCAUUUGACAUAUUGCAACAAGAUGCUUCCUGUUCCUGCACCCACCACCGCUUUUGUUCCCAUUCUAUGCAACAAAUUUUCAGGACUUCACAGUUGGUGGAGGCAGUUGACAGAAAAUUAAGAUAUUCAAAUUCUGCCAUGGUAGAAAAAAGAAAAGGAAAUAAAGGACCAAGAUAAGUUAAUUUUCACAAGAGGGGGGAGACGAAAACAUAAAAUUAAAUUAUCUAGGAUUCCAGGAAGCGACUUGUCAAUAAUAUACAUAAAAGGCAUGUAACUAUAAUAGAACAUCUUUUGGAAAAGUGACAACUUAUCAUUAAUUGUGAUUAAAACUAUUUUCUUUAAUCACUUCUUGAUGUAUGAUUUUGAUAGAAUUCAAAUUCUACAUUAGCAAUUUCGAUGGAAAAUUCGGUAAGUGUGAAAAUUUGAAGAAGACAGAUAAAAUAUAUAAAUGCAACUAUCAUAAAAUAAGAUUAUAACUGCAAUUUCAAAUUCAAAUUACACAUGGAUGCAUGCAGAAAAUGUAUUUUGCUUUAUUAGAAUUUACACAAAUAAGAAGCGCAUGGAAGAAUUACAAAAUUACCCUGCACCUACGUGAGCAACCUCACCUGCAAAAAGAAAAAGGUAAAAUAGUUGUUGUCUCCUGUCCCUUUUUCCCCUAGAAUAUUGUUUUGGUUCUUUUUUUCCUAGCUUCAUGGUGGAUAGAGAAAUAAAACCCAUACACACACACAUCUUAUUAAUUUACACAUGUUGUAUUCUCAGUAAAUUAGAUUCUUAAUGUCAAAAGGUGGAAGGACAAACAAAAAAUUUGAAAUCUUUGGUAAAGUUUAUACAUUAGCAGCUCUGCAUAAAAUCCAACAACUUAGCAUCAUUCUGACAUUAUGAUUUGUGAUGCAAAAAAAAAAAAA